AUGGCGGAAAACGGUGAGGAGAAGCUCAUAGCCGUCGCCCGCCACAUAGCCAAUACCCUAGGCCACACUGACACCAUGACCGACGACAUCCUCAAGAUAUUCUCUAAUUUCGACGGCAGGCUCCGGGAGAAGCUCACCGAGAAUAUCUCUGUGGACGGCGCCGAACAGACGCUGGACUCUCUCGACCGGCAGAUCUCCCGCUGCGUUGCCGCCGAUCGCCCCGUCUGGUCCAGCUCCGCCGAUUCCUCCGCCUUCCUCGAUUCCGUCGACCAGCUGAUCUCCGCCGUCCGCGACUGGACCCCUCUUGCCGACGACAAGGGCAUCUCCUCCUGCCUCGACCGCGCCGAGGAACUGCUCCAGCAGUCCAUGUUCCGCCUGGAGGACGAGUUCCGGACGCUCGCCGAGCGCGGGGCGGAGUCGUUCGACCUGACCCGAUCCGAGUCGGCACACUGCGAUUCCUUCUCGGACGAGGACGAUUUCGACGAGGAUAACGAGGAUUUCAUCCCCGUCGCACAUCCCAUCACCAAUUACGACGUGGUGAUCGACGCCCUCCCGGCGGGGACCAUCGGCGAACUCCACGAGAUCGCGAGGCGGAUGGUGGCCGCCGGCUACGUGAAGGAGUGCUCGCACGUGUACAGCACUUCCCGGCGGGAUUUUCUGGAUGAGAGCUUUUCCAGGCUCGGCCUUCAGAAGCUCAGCAUCGACGAUGUUCACCGGAUGCAGUGGGCCCAGCUGGAAGACGAGAUCGAGAAAUGGGUCAAGACCAUCAACGUGGCCCUUCGGAUCCUCUUCCCCAGCGAGCGGCGGCUGUGUGACCGAGUCUUCUUCGGUUUUCCAAAUGCCGCUGACCUCUCGUUCAUGGAGGUCUGCAGGGGAUCCAUCAUUCAGCUCUUGAAUUUUGCUGAUGCUGUGGCAAUAGGAAGUCGGGCCCCCGAGCGACUGUUUAAGGUGUUGGAUGUUUACGAGACAGUGAGGGAUCUGAUGCCUGAAUUCGAACUCAUCUUUUCAGAUCAGUACUGUGUACCUUUGAGAAAUGAGGCUGUUACUAUCUGGAAAAGGUUGGGGGAAGCUAUUAGGGGAAUAUUCAUGGAGUUGGAGAAUUUGAUACGUAGGGACCCGGCUAAAGAUGCUGUGCCCGGUGGCCGAUUGCACCCCAUAACUCGAUAUGUUAUGAAUUAUCUACGUGCAGCGUGCCAGGCUCGGCUGACUUUGGAACAGAUUUUUGAAGACAGUAGUGUACUGAGCAAUGUUGAUUAUAGGAAAGGGGAUGAUCAUGGUUUGUUGUCCUCGUCAUCCUCGUUAGCAGUUCAAAUGGCGUGGAUUAUGGAGUUGUUGGAGAGUAAUUUAGAGGCCAAGUCGAAGGUUUAUAAGGAUUCUGGACUUUGCUCUGUGUUUAUGAUGAAUAAUGGGAGGUAUAUUGUGCAGAAGGUGAAAGACAAUGAGCUUGGCACACUCUUAGGUGAGGAUUGGAUUAGGAAACACACGGCGAAAGUGAGGCAGUAUCAUUCGUAUUAUCAUCGAAGCUCGUGGAGUAAGAUUUUGGGAGUCUUGAAACUCGAUAACAAUCCAGUGUCCCCAAGUGGGAAGAGCAUGAGGGAGAAACUGAAGCUAUUUUAUUCGUACUUUGAUGAGAUAUGCAAGACUCAAUCUUCAUGGGUGGUAUUUGAUGAUCAGUUGCGGGAUGAACUGAGAAUUUCGAUUUCGGGUUCUUUAUGCCCAACUUAUCGUAGUUUCAUUACGAGGAUGCAGGGUUUGCCGGAUAUUGGGAAGAACAUAGAUAGAUAUAUAAGGUAUAGUUUGGAGGAUGUUGAGGCUCGGAUUGGAGGGUUAUUUCAAGGUACUAGCAGUGGAAGAAGGUAA